AUGGAACCAAUCAGUUUCCUUCUAACCCUACUUCUAUUUUCAUCCAUACAACCCAUAUUUUCCGUACAACCAUACGACCAAACACCAUGCAACACAACCACACCACCCCUCCAAGGCUCCACCUACACUUGCAACUCCAACACCAAAACAUGCAACACAUAUGUUGUUUACAGGCCUCAACUCAACCAACAACUUUCCGACAUUGCCACCCUUUUUAACGUCAAUGAAUCCGAACUCCUACCCACAACACAUCUCCAAGAGCGUGAAGUUGUCGUCCCGAUUCAAUGCGAUUGCCCUGACAGGUCUUCUAGGGCCGUGGUUGAUUAUACAAACAAACUCUUGAAUUCGUAUGUGGAUAUUGCUUGUCGGGUGUACCAAGGGCUCGUGAAGCCGUUUGUUCUGGAAGAACAGAACGGAAACCUUCACGAGAGUACACUCGUUAAAGUGCCUGUGAAGUGUGCAUGUGUGAACACUUCACGGGAUACAAAUGCUACAAUGUAUCUUGUGAGUUAUCCUGUAAUGGAAUAUGAUACGAUUGAUAUAAUUGGUUUGAAAUUCGGGGUGACACGUCAGUCAAUCCAGGAUGCAAAUGAGUUGAACCCUGGACAAACUAUUUUUGGGGGCACAACGUUGUUGGUACCAACAACAGGUGUCCCCGUUUUGAACUUGGACCAUGUGGUUAAUGGUCCAAGUCCUCACGACACAAUUCCAGUUAACAGAAUUGUGAAUAGUAGCAUGGGUAACCAUUUUUCGGUUUUUCUUAUUGUUUUCGCAACAUGUUGUCUUUGUGGUGUAGUUUUUCUUCUUAUCUUUUUGAAAUGGAAAUGUCAUCAUCGCGUACCGCGAGUCGUGUCGGUAACACGAUCGGAGUUUAAACGUUUGUCACCUGAUUUUCUCAAUGGCAUGUCAAAGUUGAAGCAAUCUUUAACGACUUUUAGCUUAGACGAGCUUAAACUCGCUACACACGACUUCUCGGAGUCUUUAUUAAUCGGAAAAUCAGUGUAUAAAGGUCUAAUCACCGCAGAUUUUCCUGUUGCGAUCGAAGAUAUGAUAUCCAUGGAGUCCGCAAAUCAUGUAAUCAACAUCUUAACGACUAUCAACCAUUUCAAUGUGGUUAGACUUGAAGGGUGUUGCUUCUACAUGAACCGGUCUUAUCUAGUGUUCGAGUUUGCACAAAAUGGUAGCUUAAGAGACUGUUUACACGACUUCAAAACUCGAAAGCAGUUAACAUGGGAUAAACGAGUGAAGCUCGCAUUCGAUAUCGCCGAAGGGUUGCAUUACAUACAUUAUUGCACCAAACCCACAUACGCCCAUCACAACAUAUGUAGUGAAAACAUCUUGAUCAGUGCGGAUUGGAGGGCAAAAAUCUCCGGGUUUAACCUUGCAAGGCCGAUCGUUUACAAUGUAUUGGUAGAGGGAGACGGUGGAGAUAAGGUGGAGAACAAAGGGCAUAUAGAUUGUGGACAGGCUUCAACCAAGGUCGAUGUGUAUGGUUAUGGGGUUGUUUUGAUGGAGGUUUUAUCGGCAAAGGAGGCCGCAAUUAGUCGGAAAUGGUUGGACCGUGUUGAGUUUCUGGCAGAUGGGGAGGUUGUGGGUGGUUCAUCAGAAUGUUUGGAGAAAUUCAAGAUGUUUAUGGAUGAAGAUUUGGAUGGGGAGUAUGGUUUAGGAGAUGCAUUGUGUUUAGCACUAUUGGCUAAAUGUUGCAUGCACGAUGACCCUGAAGUCAGGCCUAGUAUGAAUGAUGUACUUAAGGCUCUUUCAAGAAUUUCAUAA